CACUACAUUUCCCAUGGUCCUUAGCUCAACAGAGGGGUUUGGUUUGUUGGGCGCGCGCUGUGAACAUAACUAUUUGAAAGAAAAAUGGCGGAAAAACAUUUGGAAGCUGAACGAGACGGUUGCGGAAGUGUCGCCGUUGCUGAAAACCAGAAUGAGUCUCUGUAUACCAAGGUCAACUCAGUGACACAGACUUCGAAAAGAUGCUCCUCCAAGAGCCCCGACACAGCUCCCCCACACAAAUCUCCCCGUACCGACCCCCUAUCACCCACCAUGCAGACACCAGGAGGAGGACAGUUAGAGACCGAAAAACAAGAAGUUCGGGCAGAAAACACGGACGGACCUUCAAAUCCUUCUGUCAGCUCCAAUGCACGGAGGAAAUCGUGGAGAAGAGCCACCAUAACCCGACGCUCUCUCCCUGCUCUUCCCAGCCCUUAUCAAGCGUUGUGCAGGGGCAUAAGUACAUCCUUGUCACAGCAAGAGAGGCUCGAGAAAUUGAUGGAGGCUUCAAUGAGGCUGGCAAUUGAAAGAACUCAAAAUUCACUCCAGUCAGUGCCGAACACCUCACUGGAGUGUUUUCAAAAACAAGUUGAACACAUGCAGAAAGAGUGGGGUUAUCUGGCCAAAAGCAUUCACAGUGAACCAAAGGGUCAACCACUGCUGGCAAGUGCAGCCAGUUCUUGUGAUCCUGUAGUGCAGAGAGCCAUGAAAAAAGUCCAGAAAGCCAUCAGUAGGCUUCAGGCUGAGAGUGAAUCUUGGGAGGCACUGCUGAACAAACAUCGGAGUAAAGCAGAGGAAUUGGAAAGGAAAGUGGAGCAGGGCCAGGAGAGGGGCGUAUCAUUAGACUCCACAUGCGUGGCCCAGUCCUCACAGUACCUUUUCAUACAGAGUAAACCCAACUACCACGGUCUGCUCUGUAGACAACAGCCCAUGCUUCACACUAUGGCAAUGAUUAUGGACACCCAGUGUAAGAUGGUUAGAGAGCUUCUGUCCAUCAAGGAGCAGUCACAGUUAUUGGUGAAGGAGACUAGUGGCCGAUUGGCGGCAGAGGCAGGAUUCCAGGAUCUUUCACCUGACCCAAUCAGGAACCUUAUGGCAGCCUUUUUGUCCUCUCCAACCAUAUAGUGACUUUAGCAGGAGGCAAGCAUAAGCUAUCAGUCUUGUAAAAGUGCAUGGCUCUUUAUGACUUGUAUAUGAGCUUAUACAGUAUAUGUGUACUCUCUGGUAAUUUUGAUGUUAUGUGAUUUGGGAACAAAUAAUUUCUUUGCUCUGUCUUUAUUGUCUCUUUUUAUGUCACAAAAACUAUUUUUUUUAUAUUUUUUGUGUCAGAUAAAACCAUUUCACUCAGCAGCAGGACUGAUAAUACAGCUAGCUCAGGUAAUCCAUGUGCUUGACCAGCAGGUGGCAGUGGUUGGCUUUACAAAAUUGCGACAAGCUUGGUGAAUGGCCAGAGAGGAUUUUUCUGUUAAGCCUGAAUUAAGUGCAUUCUCACCUGUAAGGCCUGAAACUGUUAAGACUAGACUGCCAGCUGUUAGAAUUGAAGGAAUAGCCAAAUGUUUCAGAAAACUUUGCCAACAUCCUGCAAAACAAGGUUAUUGGUCAUUCUUCAUAAACUAAAGACACCUCCUGGAAGUAAUUACCUGUUCAAAGUGAUCUUCUGUCUUAAAAUGUUCAAAUUUAAUGUCUGUAUCACAAACCAAAACUGAUUUUGUCUUUAAAAAAUCAACAGGUUUAA